CCAUCUCAUUUACCACGUCGGCGCCAUGUAAUACGGACUAUUGCCAAAACAUUCUUCAUGACGAUGCCGCGUAUAUAUUUUAUAUUUAUAAACAUCAUUAGCAAGCUACAUUCAUGAUCAUUGAGUGCGCUGUCGCAGAUCACGAGUGAUGUCGGACUCGCGUUGAGUUUAAAAAAUAAAAAAAAAAAACGUAAAAGUUAACUAAACAUCAUCGGAAGUGAUAUUGUGUGAUUAUUCUUUGGACUGUCUAUUUAUAAUAGUGAUCAUGUCUAAUAGUUAUAAUAUGAAGGAGUUCAGUUCAACAGCUGUCAUCACCAAUAAUGGCCAGUUUUACCCUUCAACAAUUUCAAUCAACACAAUCAAUACGAAACAUAAAGAAGAAGAAGUGGAUAUUGACGCAUAUAACCCCUUUCAACAUAGGAAAUUAGAACAUCCGAAUUCAGACAUGAGAUCAUUUGCAAAUCUCCUAAAGUCUUCGUUGGGUUCCGGUAUACUAGCUAUGCCGGCAGCAUUCAAGAACGCUGGUUCUUUAGUCGGCAUCUUCGGCACAAUUAUUUUGGGAUACAUUUGUACGCAUUGCGUCUAUUUACUGGUGAAAACAUCACAAGAUGUAUCCAAAGUCUCAAAAAGUCCAUCAUUAGGAUAUGCUGAAACAGUAGAAGCUGUUUUUGCCACAGGUCCACAGCCACUAAGAAAAGUUUCAAAAGCUUCUAGAAUAUUCAUAGAUUGGGCAAUGGCAUUUACAAUACUUGGUGCAUGCGCAGUGUAUGUCAUCCUACUUGUAGAGUCAGUAAAACAGAUAAUUGAUCACUUUUACGAAGACAAUGGUAUCAACACAACUAUGUACUGUUUAAUAUUUUUGGUGCCACUUCUUAUAUUCACACAAAUCAAGAAUCUCAAAUAUCUGGCCCCAUUCUCUGGUUUCGCCAACAUAUUAUUAGUAUUAACAUUCCUCAUAUGUUUGUACUACAUAUGCAGUGAAUUCCCUAAUGUGACCAUUCGUCCAUCAUCAGUCGAUAUUGGAAAGUUGCCUUUGUUUAUCGGUACAGUUAUCUUCGCCAUGGAGGGCAUCGGCGUAGUGUUACCAGUGGAGAACACAAUGGCUAAACCUGAGCACUUCUUGGGAUGUCCCGGAGUACUCAACAUUACUAUGAGCGUGGUGGUGCUCCUUUACAUGAUCAUGGGGUUUCUGGGAUACAUACGUUACGGAGACCUCGCAGAAGGCAGCAUCACUCUAAACUUACCAACUGGUAAAAAUGAAAUCCCUGCUUUAAUGGCGAAGUGCUUCAUCGUCCUCGCUAUAUUUUUCACCUAUACAUUGCAAUUUUACGUGCCAAUGGAGAUUGUUUGGAGAAAUACUAAAGAACAUGUAGCUAAGAAAUAUUACAAUCUAGCUCAAGCUAUCAUGAGAGCUUUCUUUUCCUCUCUUACUGUGGCAGCAGCGGCUACAUUACCGAGACUGGAACAAGUUAUCGGCCUGGAAGGCGCAUUUUUCUACUCCUUCCUUGGUCUCAUUGCGCCGUCUGCAAUGGAUCUUAUAUUCAAUUGGAAUAGAGACCUCGGCAAAUAUAAGUGGGUCCUGAUCAAGGAUGUGUGCUUAAUACUUUUCGGUACAUUUGUGCUUGUCACAGGAGUGACUCAAAGUAUUAGGGAGAUAAUUAGGACUAAUAAUGCUUAAUAACGGUUGUGUUUUGUAUUUUGUAAUUACCUACCUACAUAAGAGACGAUUACAGUAUUACGGUACAUGCAUAAAAUGUGUGAUUUUUACAAUAAAUUGUCAAAAAUGGAAAUAUUUUAUAAGCAUUACUUACCUUGUUUUAAUAAAUAUUUAAAAGAAAAGUUUA